UGACAGUGCUAGAAAUACAUGUAAGUUUGUAUUUUGAGAACUCUUGAGUUUUUAGUCAUAGAGGAAUUUUGAAAACAAUCGGGUAACAAAUAUCAUGCACCUGCUAUACCAAUUAAGCUGGUGUAGAUUCCCGUACCUUCAAAUUAAGACCGAAUGCUAAUUAAACGAUCACAAGUUUAGCUUUCGUAAAUUUUGAUUAAGAAGAAGAAUACUUAUUAUCCUAAUAUUGUUCAUGUAUAUUAUAUACGAAUAAAAAGAUGGUUAGCUAUGUUACUUAUUAAAUGCUCGGCUUGUAUAACUCAAAAAUAACCUCCUCUUUUACCGGUAUAGGAUUCUAAGCAUAUUCCAACUAGGUAAGCUAGUCUAUUACCGGUACCAGCAAGUAGUGAAGCAUCUUUUGGGCAUGAUUUACGCAAUUUUUAUUUUCAACAAUAAAGGAAAUCCUAGACUGACAAAGUUUUAUACGCCAAUUGAAGAAUCGGAUCAGCAAAGGUUACUUGGCGAAAUAUAUCAAUCAGUGUCUAACCGCACGGCUGCAUCGUGCAAUUUCUUGGAAAGCAGCUUGAUUGCUGGAAAAAAUAGAAUAAUAUAUCGUCAAUAUGCUACAUUAUAUUUUGUAUUUGUAGUUGAUGAAGGAGAAAGUGAACUUGGAAUUUUAGAUCUCAUACAGGUUUUCGUGGAAGCUUUAGAUCGCUGCUUUAAUAAUGUUUGUGAGUUAGAUUUGGUCUUCAAAUUUCAAGAAAUUCAUGCUAUUCUUGCCGAAAUCGUCUCCGGUGGAUUGGUGUUAGAAACCAAUUUGAAUGAAAUUGUGGCAUCUUCUAAAAGUCAGAUGCCGAAAUCAAAACGAUCAGGCGGGCUAAAUAUUGGUACCACACUUGGUUCAUUUGCUACGAGAUUUUAGCUGGCUUUCAAUCAUGUUUCUGCGAGGCUUCUUCCUACAGAGUUGGCUUCUGUAGUACUCGAGAUUGGAAGUACCGGAUAAUUAUAGUCACCGAAAGGCAUACUUUUUGCUUGAGCAUACAACGAUUCCAUCUCAUCGUCUAUCUCGAAACAUAUGCCUCCUUCAUAAUGUUGAGAUUCACUAUAUAGUCCAGGAAUAGAAAAAUAGGUCUUGUUUGAUGAUGGUGAGUUUUGGGAAUCGUUGUUAUUUAUUAAACGUACGCGCGAUUGAUCGUAUCGAGAAACCCAAAGUUUUCUUUGGCCUCCUUGACUGUAACGCAGCCCGUGAGUUGUGCGAUUUAAUCGAGCGUUAUGUCUAGACGGGACCUGGCAUUCAGCGGGUUCAAAAUUCUCAUAUACGUAUCGAUCACCUUGUAAUGUUUGAAUACUGUCGCACCAGACAUCUUUAAACCCAACGACAUCUUUCCAAGCUUUUAAAAGCGGCAUUCGUGAACAUGAUAUCCAUGACGGCGUUAUGUAAUCUUUGAUGCGAAAGGCAUGCCAGUGAGAUAAUGCAAAGAAAGGCAUUUCCAAGCACAUAAGGACAUUCUGGUCCAGUAAGAUAAAUAUGCCGUGUUUUCUUGGUAAAAUACCAAGCCAACCGGCGACUGACAAUAAAGUUUGCUGCCAAUACGAAGCGAAAAUAAUGGCUUUUACAGAGAGAAAUUUUGGGAAAGGCCGAAAUGGAGUCAGUUCCUCGUGUAAGCAAAUCCAAAAUGUUGUUAGGGAAUAGAGAGAGAUGGUAAUAGAGAUGUUGUACAGCAAGCCGAUCCAUAAAGCCGAUGUGACAUAAACGGGCUUAUCUUCGUCUUCAUAGAUUCCUAAAACUCUGCUUAGGAGCGUAGCUAUAAUGAGAAAUGGCUUUAGCCAUGUAUAUUGUAAAAUACCUCGCUUGAUCGAAAGGAAAGUGUAAGGAUCGCUUAAAUCAAUAUCACUCUGAAUAUGAUUCAUUGGCCAUAAACGAGGACGAGGUAAAUGCCCAUGUAAGAUGAUUACGGCAGCUCUUUCACCUCC